AUGAGGAUAGCCCCUCAGAGUUCAACAAAAUUUUCACCAUUUCGUCUCCUGUAUGGUAGAGAGCCAUGUGUGCCAUCUGAGCUACCAGAGUUACCACUGGGUAUGACUGCCACACAUCCACUUCCCACUGUAGAAAAACUCAAUGAUUAUGUAGAAGGAACUACAGCACAGAGAAAACAGACAGAGGAGAAGUUGAUGCAGAAAGCAUUCCUAAAUAAGUACAUGUAUCAUAUUGCGAUACAGAUCAAACUUCGUGAAUUCCAAGAAUUCAGUGAAAGUCGUGAAAAGUCGUCACAAAAUCAAAGUCAGAGAAAUAAUUCAUCAACACUUGGUGAACAGCAGACGAUAAUUGUACAGGAUAGAAAUAGUGCGAGUUCGACGCAAUAUUCCCGCCUUCCAAAAUUCUCAUUACCUACCUUCAACGGAAACAUCUUAGAAUGGCAAGCUUUUUGGGAUUCAUUCAGUUCAGCAGUGCAUUCAAACCAGAAUUUAACAGAUGUGCAAAAAUUUAAUUAUUUACGUUCACAACUGGAGGAUGAAGCAGCUCGGAAAAUAGAUGGAUUUGCCCUAACGAACGCUAACUACAGUAAUGCAGUUGAAUUAUUACAUGAACAAUACGGACAGAAACAUAAGAUAGUGCAUGCUUACAUACAGUCUCUUCUACAUCUUCCGUCGCCUAGCAACACACUUCCAAGCCUGAGAGGUUAUUAUGACAAGCUAGAAACAUAG